ACAUAUUCAACUCUAACCAAAAGCCAUAAGCAAAAUAUGUGUUGAAGGAAGAUCCAAGGGGGGAUAGUUGGAAUCGCAUCAUAACGCAGGUGCGUAUGACCAUACACAAUUGUGUACCGUUUCUAUUUCGUACUCAACUUUUACAAAUCACAACGGAUGCGUGUGCCAUAAAAAAAACUGAUAACAAUUUUCCUCACACGUGUCACUUUCUUACCAGUCUUUUCUUCUCCUUUUAUCUCUCUCUCUCUCUCUCUCUCAAUCAACCAUUGCUGCGUUAUGGAACCUUUGGACGAUGCGGAAUCGCAACUCGAACGAAUCGACUCUGAGUUAACGUCUACAAGCUCUGGUUCCGGCAUUUCCUCCGUAUUCAGCGCUGACGAUUUCCGUAACUUCAAUAGCUCCGGCGACAUUUCCUCUAUCAGCAGUGGCUCCGGGGAGAUUCCGUCUUUCACGGUGAACCGAGUGAUUCUUGCACCUCCGUUGAGUGCUGCAUCCAAUGAAGCGGACAACGAGGCCGCUGUGCCGGCGGUGAGGGAGAAGUGCGUGGGAAGGAAUAACAAGGGAGUGAGUUGGGGACAUACUUCGGUGAUUGGAAGGCGGAAAGAGAUGGAGGACGCCGUCGCCGUUAUUCCGGGAUUCAUGUCUCGCACUUGCGAUCAUGUCGGAGGUUGUACGGCUCCAGGUUCAAGAUCUUCCGGAGAGAUCGGUCCUGUUCAUUUCUUCGGCGUUUACGACGGACACGGUGGCUCUGAGGUGGCUAAAUUUUGUGCCAAGCGAAUGCAUGAUGUUAUAGCAGAGGAGUGGGACCGAGAAAUAGAAGGCGGUGCUGAAUGGCAGAGAAGGUGGGAAGCAGUAUUUGCUAAUGGUUUUGAGAAAACUGACAAUGAAAUCGAAUCAGACGCAGUUGCACCAGAGAUGGUUGGAUCUACUGCUUCUGUGGUUGUUCUAUCUGGUUGCCAAAUUAUUACAUCCAACUGUGGCGAUUCAAGGGUUGUUCUUUGCCGCAGGACUCAAACACUCCCAUUGACAGUGGAUCAGAAGCCUGAUAGAGAGGAUGAACUCUUGAGAAUCGAAGGAGAAGGAGGAAAGGUCAUACACUGGAAUGGAGCUAGGGUGUUUGGUGUUCUUGCCAUGUCCAGGGCCAUAGGUGAUCGGUACUUGAGACCAUGGAUUAUCCCAGUGCCGGAGAUAACUUUUACAGCAAGAACUGACGAAGAUGAGUGUUUAAUUUUGGCAAGUGAUGGACUUUGGGAUGUAAUGACAAAUGAGGAGGUGGGAGACAUAGCGCGCCACAUUCUAAGAAGGCGCCGCAGAUCAUUGUCGAUGGAGGAAAUAUCUCCAGCACAAGUUGUUGCUGAUAGCCUCACUGAAAUUGCAUAUAGUAGAAAUAGUAAAGAUAACAUUUCAAUCAUUGUUGUUGAUCUGAAAUCAAAGAGAAAACGUUUGCAAAGGCCUCCUUCAAUUUCCUAAAAAUACGAUUCUCUUUGAUAGUUUUCAACACCUUGAGAAGGUAAUGAAGUUCCUAGAGUUGAUCUAUAUGAGCAGAACAACUCCUUUGUCAUGCAUGGUGAUUCUCUGUUAUCACUUCAACUUGUGUUUCUCCUAACUUGCUAGCUGUACAGAGCUGACUGGCAAAAAAAAUCUGAUUCAUGACAAGUAACAACUAGCUAGGACUUGUUUGUUACAAUGAAGUAUUGAUCAAUACUCCAUUUUAUCUGUUCCAUCCUUGACAAGGGCCAAUAGAAUGAAGUUACCAAUUCAUUUGUUGAA